AUGCCACUUUCUCACAGCCAGAAUUUUGAAGGCUUUGUAUAUGGAGGCUUUGGGUGUUCAAGCAUUCAAAGUCUGUGCCAGAAGCGUAAGAUGGACAUACAUGAGGGAAGACCAUUGGAAGACAGGGAUAACAGGGACAUGAAGACUGAUCACCAUGGAAACAGCCCCAAGCGUCAGUGCCAGAGGGUGUCGUCUGAAUGUCAGUCUUUUGAAUGUCAUCAGAAUGGCGGCCUUGGUGAAGAUGUCAACAUGGAGGAGGAGAGAGCUGAUGUGUCACAGAAUGACUCUCCUCUCAGCAUUGACCAAUCAGUUUCCAGCUGUUGUCAGCAAGGAGUCUCAGAAUCACCCUCUUCAAUGGAAGCAGACAGUCUACCAACAUUUGAAUCUCACUUACAGAGUCACACAGCCAAUGCAGUGUCCUCUCCACAGAAUAUAACACCAGGAACAGAUAGGAGAGGUCUGAAACAAAGUCCGGUGUCAGGUCGACUGUUCUGUCAUUGCUCGGCAUCCUGGCGAGGAAUGUAUGGAUUAGACAUUGGAUAUAUUACAGAUUACUAUUGA